AUGAAGGCGAAUCAGCAGCGCAAGCCGCCAGGCAGCAGCGGCGCCGCGUUGCCGCAGAAGCGCUUCUACCGUGCUCGAGCGCACAGCAACCCGCUCAGCGAUAACCUCUUUCCAGUCCCCGUGUGCCCCGCGGAGGUGGACUGGUCCGCGCACUUCCCCGCGUUCUUCCCCCCCACUGCUGCCGCGGCACAACCUCCUGCUGCUGCUGAUGGCAGUGCUGCUGCUGCUGCUGCUGCCGAGGGGGAGGGAGGUCCUUCAGCAGCACGAGAUGGAGCGGCACAGCAGCAUGCCACGACCGCCGCCCCAAUCAGCAACACAGGCCAACCAAUGGUCCGCUUUGCUGACGUCGGGUGUGGCUUUGGCGGCCUGCUAGUGAAGCUGUCUCCCAUGUUUCCAGAUACACUCAUGGUUGGCUUCGAGCUACGUGACAAAGUGAGCGAGUAUGUGAAGGACCGCAUUCUUGCUCUCCGGCAGCAACACCCCUCCCAGUACACCAACAUCUCCUUGAUCCGCACCAAUGCCAUGAAGUACCUUCCCAACUAUUUUCACAAGGCACAGCUGACCAAGAUGUUCUUCCUCUUCCCCGACCCGCACUUCAAGGAGAAGAACCACCGCCGCAGAAUCAUCACGACUGCUCUGUUGGCGGAGUAUGCCUAUGUGCUGGCUCCAGGAGGCAUACUGUACAGCAUCACGGACGUGGAGGAGCUGGGUGUGUGGAUGGACGACCACCUGGCUGCACACCCACUCUUCCGCAAGCUCACUCCCGCCCAGACGGAGACGGACCCGGUCAUUCCGCUGCUCUCCACGUCGUCAGAAGAAGGCCUCAAGGAACUGCAAUCCCCUCACCCCAUGCCUCUCACCCCCAUGUCCCUCACCCCAUGCCCCUCACCCCCAUGCCCCUCACCCCCAUUGCCCCUCACCCCAUGCCCCUCACCCCAUGUCCCUCACCCCAUGCCCCUCACCCCAUGCCCCUCACCCCAUGCCCCUCACCCCAUGCCCCUCACCCCAUGCCCCUCACCCCAUGCUCCUCACCCCAUGCCCCUCACCCCAUGCCCCUCACCCCAUGCCCCUCACCCCAUGCCCCUCACCCCAUGCCCCUCACCCCAUGCCCCUCACCCCAUGCCCCUCACCCCAUGCCCCUCACCCCAUGCCCCUCACCCCAUGCCCCUCACCCCAUGCCCCUCACCCCAUGCCCCUCACCCCAUGCCCCUCACCCCAUGCCCCUCACCCCAUGCCCCUCACCCCAUGCCCCUCACCCCAUGCCCCUCACCCCAUGCGCCUCACCCCGUGUGCCUCACCCCAUGUGCCUCGCCCUAUGUCCCUCACCGCGAGCCUCUCACCCCAUGCCCCUCACCCCAUGCCCCUCACCCCGUGUGCCUCACCCCGUGUGCCUCACCCCGUGCGCCUCGCCCUAUGUCCCUCACCGCGAGCCUCUCACCUGUCACCCUCGUGUGCACUUCCAUUGCCCCUGCUGGUCACGGUGGUCCGCCACACUCCCUGCAGGUGCAAAGAAACGGUGGGCGCACGUUUCUGGCGGUGUACGAGCGGGUUGCUGCGCCUGCAAGCAACAACACAUGA